AUGCCGCCCCACGAAGGUCUUGUUCACCCGAAAGAAUACGACGUCAAGGACAGCAACGUUGAGCUGGUCGGGUCCGACCUCGACCACCGCGUCAAAUACAACUCCGCCGCCUCCGAACCCGCAUGGAACAAUGGAAAGAUUGGCCAGGAGCCCGGCCUCUACGUGUGGCGCAUUGAGAAUUUCGAAGUUGUUCCCUGGCCCAAGGAGAAGGUCGGCGAGUUCUACGACGGAGACAGCUUCAUCGUGCUGCACACUUACAAGGUCGGCGACGACAAGCUAGGCCACGACAUCUUUUUCUGGCUAGGCAGCAAGACGACCCAGGACGAGGCUGGCACUGCCGCGUACAAAACAGUCGAGCUGGAUGAAUUCUUGCACGGUGCUGCGACCCAGCAUCGUGAGGUCCAGGCACAGCCCUCGGAUAAUUUCUUGGCGCUGUUCCGUCACUACUCGGUCCGGUCUGGAGGUGUGCGCUCCGGAUUCACCCAUGUCGAGCCGGAGGAGAAAAAGAAUAUCCUCACAUUGCUUCGCAUUUUCAAGCACCCUGGCGCUACCCGGACAGGUACCAUCAUUGUGCACGAAGCCGAGCCAACGUGGGAAAGCCUCGAUGAGAACGACGUCUUUGUCUUGGAUAAGGGAGAGAAGAUCUGGGUCUGGCAGGGCAAGAGCUGCAGUCCAAUGGAGAAGGCAAAGGCGGCACAGGUGGUGAAUGACAUGACCUUGGCGAAGCAUGUCGACGUUGAAGUUCUUUCCCAGCUCGAGUCGAGAUCUCGGAUCAUUGUGGACUUGUUGGGCGGCAAGGAAGCCAACCAGUCCACCUUCCAAUGCGCACGACCUGGAUCCUUUGCAAAGAGAAGUGCGGAGAGCGAUAGCUCUCGUGCCCGCAAGCUCUUCCGACUUAGCGACGCCUCGGGUUCAUUAUCCUUCGAUCUUGUUAAGGAUGGUGGUCGCGUCAGCAAACACGACCUCGAUGGAAACGACGUCUUCAUCUACGAUGCUGGUAACAGGGUUUGGGUUUGGCAAGGUUCGGAAGCCAGUGCAGCUGAAAAGGCCAUGUGGAUGAAAGUCGCCCAGGCUUACAUUCGCCGGCUGCUGGAGAACCAGGAAGCUUCCGAGGCGUAUCUCACCCCGAUUUCCAAGGUUGUACAGAAUCAUGAAAGCCCGGCAUUCUUGAAAGCACUCGCAGCCUAG